UGUCAACUGUCAAGUUGACAUUUUAAAGAGUCAUCGUUUUGCGGGUUUUGCAUUUAGCGUUUGUUGAAAUUUGGACAAUUUUACAAAAUAUUAUAAGUAUUAAUUACUUAUUUGAAUCCUAAAAUAACCAUGUUCCGUAAUCAAUAUGACAGUGACGUCACAGUAUGGAGUCCCCAGGGUCGUCUCCACCAAGUGGAAUAUGCCAUGGAAGCUGUCAAACUCGGCUCAGCGACUGUUGGCUUGAAAAACAAGCAGUUUGCUGUGCUAAUAGCCCUGAAAAGAGCUGUAAGUGAGCUGUCUGCGUACCAGAAGAAGAUUAUACCUAUUGAUGAGCAUAUUAGCAUCUCUAUAUCUGGAUUGACAGCUGAUGCUCGGAUGUUGAGCCGUUACAUGCGCACUGAAUGUCUGAACUACCGAUAUGCUCACGAUGCUCCUAUGCCAGUGGGUCGGCUUAUCGGCAUGGUUGGCAAUAAGAUGCAGAUAUGCACGCAGAGGUAUGAUAAGCGACCAUUGGGCGUUGGCCUGUUGGUAGCUGGGUAUGAUGACCAAGGCCCCCACAUCUACCAAACGUGCCCUUCAGCUAACUUCUUUGACUGCCGAGCGAUGGCGAUCGGCGCUCGCUCCCAAUCCGCCCGCACGUACUUAGAGAAACAUUUGACCAUCUUUGCGGAUUGCGAGUUGAACGAUCUGGUGGCGCACGGGCUGAGAGCGCUGAGAGAUACGUUGCCUAAUGAAGUUGAUCUGAAUACUAAGAAUGUUUCAAUCUCAAUCGUCGGUCCAAAAACGCCAUUGCGUAUAUGUGAAGAAGCAGAGUUAACCCGUUACCUCGCUCUGGUUGAGGGUGAAGAGAGACGCGGGGGUGGCGCUAGUGCCACGGGGGAUGCCGGCCCGGCCCCUGACGCGGGGGACGAAAGAGACCCCCAACCUCAGGUUGCGAUGGACACAGAGUAGACACAGAUCGCUUGCAGGAAAACGUACAGAGAGCACACAAGAACACAGAAGAACAACCGAAGACACGGACGACACAGACCGAUGUGUGUGUUGACAGCGUGUGUGUACGUUUUGCGUAUCUCAAUCUACCCUCCUUUUCUUAUCUUCUUAAAGGUGUGCCUUGGCCAGUGUUUAGGUUGGUAAACUUUGCUAUGUAAAUGACUAACUUUUGCCUGCGAUAUUAUCCGCGAAAGGUACAGUCAGCAACAAAGCUAGGUUUGCAUCCGCCCAUAGUCUCUUGUACUGGCACCCGGCAUAGCUAGUUUUAAUGCUGACUGUACCUAUAUAAUUUAUAUUACUCAAAGAUAACGUAGCUAUCAACGAGUGAAAGAAUUUUUGAAAUUGGAGUAGUUUUAGAGACUACAUCCUAGAUCCAAUGACUACAUGUUUCAUACAGUUCCAUACAUUACAACGCAAUGGCACGCGCUACGUCUACGCUUACGCAGCCUGUGUGAACGAGCUAUUAAUCAUUUUGAGUUACACCAAAACAAUGUAUAGUGGAAUAUUUAUUCUCAAGCUACCAGCAUGAAGCCGGGGCGGGUCGCUAGUUGUUGAUACAAAAAUAGCAAUGAACCCAUUCUAAGCACUGGCCAAGGCAUAUUUAAUAAAAGGUAUUAAUAUUAUCAUAUUUUUUGUUCUCACUCUCUACUCUAUAUCUUUAUCAAUUAUCAAAUAAAACACUUCAUGUAUUUAAAA